UUAGCAAUGUUGUGCAAGCCACAUGUCAGCUGGCAUCAUUUUGAAUAGAUAUACUAUUUGAAGCACUUCUAUUUGUCAGAAAAAGUAAUGCUUAUGCGGCUGUUAAAAUAUCCUUCAUGUGAUUGAGAUGUAACUAAUCAUGUCUUCGGAGGUUCAAAUACCACAAGUACAAAAGAUAUUGAAAAACUACAAAAAGGGUUUAAGACAAGAAUAUGAUGUCUUCUUGAGCAGAUUAGGAAGUCCUAAUAUUUCGUCUGCACAGCUAAAGGUGUAUAUUCAGUCUUUGAGGGAUUGUAUCACAUUCCUGGAUAAGGACUAUGAAAUCCUUGUUGGAGUUCUGUUGAAAGUAGAUUGGACGAGGAGGGAGCCUGCUGUGGUUCUGGAAUAUCAGACCCUUUUACACAACCUAGUGUCUGCACACACAUACUAUCUGCGUGCAGGUCUACGCAUGCUUGUCAAACACUUUCUGCCAAAAAUUCCAGAGAGUUCCAAGAAUUCACUAUCGGAGAGUGUAGUUUUGGACAGUCAACAGCUUCAGGAACAUGAGACAAGCUUUAUCAAUGUACACUUGGUGAUAAAAGCCAUCUCUGACAUUGUACCAAUGAGCCCAAUGGUCCUGAUGCCUCUCCUUAGUGAUUACUUCCCUUACAUGACCAAGGACACAUACCUACAGGAGUGCUAUGUCAAGAAUCUACUUCAGAUCACCCAUUACAUGCCCAAUCAGCGACAGGCCAUAUUAGAACUUAUCGUGGACCGAAUGCUGAAACUAGAUGUACGGUCACCCAAACAUGAGAUUGCAGAGGCCGAGGAAAAUACAGAAGAUAACGACAUCAUCUUUGAUAUGGAUGACCCUAGUGUGUCACAGAAAGUGACAUCCUCAGAUACUGGAUACAGCAGUGGAUGUUCAGAACCUGGAUCAGCUAAACCCAUGAAUCACAAGGAGGCUGAACGCCUGGACAUAAUGAUGGAUCUGGUGCUGAAAUAUAUACACCAAACGUGUUUCCAUGAUGGUCAGCUGAACUGGGAGAAGGCUAAGACACUGUAUCGGGAAAUGCUGCUGGUGUUUGACCGCCUUAUUCUACCUACACAUGCUUCCUGCCAUGUCCAGUUCAUCAUGUUUUUCCUGUGUGCAAUAAAGCAGCCAAUCUGUGAAGGCUUUUUGGAUUUUCUGUGGAAGAAAGUGCAGGAUCCAAACACAGAGCGGGUGUACCGUCAGGCUAGUGUGAGCUACAUAGGCAGCUUGUUGUCUCGAGGACUGUUCGUACCAAUCAGCACUGUCACAGCCUGUCUGGGACUGAUGUGUGAUUGGGUACACAAGUACUUAGACCAGGUUGGCACCGACUCUAUCCAUGCUGAUGUGUGUCACCAUGGAUCCUUUUAUUCUGUUUGUCAAACAAUUUUCUAUGUGUUUGUAUUCAGAAGUAAAGAGCUGCUGGAAAUGAAAAAGGGUUACAAAUGGGCAGAGGGUUUAAAUUUCCAGAGAAUCGUAACGAGUCGCCUCAACCCACUGCGUGUGUGUCUGCCUGUUAUAGUGAAGUCUUUUGCGUCUGUCACAAGAACACACCAGUUAGCUUUUUGUGAUACAAUAAUAGAGAGAAAUAAUCGUUGUUUCCUGCCAUCAUCGUCGACAAGAAAAGGAGACCAGCUCAAUGAUGCAUUUCCCUUUGAUCCUUACCUAUUACACAGGUCGGGAAAGUUUAUCAUGCCCCAUUACAGGGAAUACCAAGGGAAUGUUGUACAGGAAGAUAAUGAUACAGAGGAUGAGGAGGAUGAUUUUAUAACAGACGAUAUUGUGUCUCCAAAGAACACCAUCCCAGUGCUAUCUACAGGGAAAACUCCCACAGACUUUAUGGCAUACAGUGUGUCUCCAGGGUUCAAACAAAUGCAGGAAUGGCCACAGAGUAUGGAAGGAUGAAAUACAGAAGCUGCAUUAUGUGUGUUAAGAAGAGGCUGUGUCUGGAACUGGUGGAUGAGGGGGCUGACAGCAACUGCUAGUCAGGUUGAUGGAUGAGGGGGUGACUGGAACUGCCAGUCAGUUUGAUGGAUGAGGGGGCUGACAGCAACUGCCAGUCAGGUUGAUGGAUGAAUGUUGGGGGUGACUAGAACUGCCAGCCAGUUUGAUGGAUGAAUGUUGGGGGUGACUAGAACUGCCAGCCAGUUUGAUGGAUGAAUGUUGGGGGUGACCA